AAAACAGACUCACUUUUUUUAUUAUAAAAAAAUCUUCAUGACGCCGACAUGUAGACCGACCCAAUCCCAACUGACAAAACUUGGCGAUCUUCGAGCUGGUGCCGUGCGAUUUCUAUACACCACUAUCAUAUCAGUUCCCAUGCUCAGUUGCUCACCGUGCGAUUUUUCUACACAAUCGCCUCGCAAAGAUUCUCGCUGGCCAGUUGGAGCCUUGGAGUUGGAGGAGAACAGCCGCGAUCCGCGAUGGCUUCUCCGCCGCUUCAGCUCGCCGCCGCGCCCUUGCUGCUGCUGCUGCUGCUGCUGCUAGUAGUGGUGCCGGGCACAGGGUCCAGCCGCGUCUUUUCGGUGGCCGACUAUGGUGCGGCGGGCGAUGGGUCCCAUUACGACACGGCGGCGAUUCAGGCCACUGUAGACGCCUGCGCGGCGGCGGGCGGGGGCCGCGUCCUUCUCCCAGCGCCGGGCGACUACCUGACAGCGACCGUCCACCUCCGCUCGCGGGUGGUGCUGGAUGUGCCCCCCGGCGCGCGGCUUCUGGGCGGGACCAGGCAGGCGGACUACCCGCCCGAGUCGCGCCGGUGGUACGUCGUACUGGCCGAGAACACCACGGGCGCCGGCGUCACGGGGGGCGGCGAGAUCAACGGCCAGGGCGGGGCGUUCGUGGUCACGCCCAGCGAGGUGAAGAACGUCAUGGUGAGCUGGAACGCCACCGGCGACUGCCUGGGCGAUGAGUGCCGGCCGCGGCUUGUUGGCUUCAUUGACUCCAAGGAUGUUAAGAUCCACGACAUCACACUCAACAAACCCGCCUACUGGUGUCUUCACCUUGUCAGAUGUGACAACACUGUCAUCCACAAUGUGUCCAUAUUUGGAGAUUUGAACAGUCCCAACAAUGAUGGCAUUGACAUUGAGGAUUCUAACAACACUGUCAUAACUGAUUGCCACAUAGACACGGGAGACGAUGCUAUAUGCCCAAAGUCGACCACUGGACCGGUUUACAACUUGACGGCAACAAACUCUUGGAUCCGGACUAAAUCUUGUGCAAUCAAGUUUGGAAGUGCAAGCUUCUUUGACUUCAAAAGGCUGGUUUUCGACAAUAUUACAAUAGUUGAUGCACAUCGAGGACUUGGGAUGCAGAUCCGGGAUGGAGGGAAUGUGAGUGAUGUCAUGUUUUCAAACAUUAAAAUGAGCACCAGGUACUACCAUCCUUUAUGGUGGGGCAGAGCCGAGCCAAUCUACAUCACAACUUGCCCAAGGCACCCAGAUUCAAAAGAAGGCACCAUUUCAGACAUAAGAUUCAUCAACAUCUCAUCGGUAUCAGAAAAUGGUAUUUUUCUGGCUGGAUCGAAGCACGGGCUGCUCCGCAACCUGAAAUUCAAGAACAUAGACCUUACCUAUAAGCGGUGGACAAACUACACAGGGGGGCUCUAUGAUUACAGGCCUGGGUGCCAGAAGAUGGUGAAGCACAAGACUGGUGGCAUGAUGCUGGAGCAUAUCUCCGGCCUGGAGAUUGACAACGUGAGGAUGAGAUGGGCAAGAGGAAGCCUGAAGGGCUGGAACGUUAACCCUAUCCUCUUCCGUCCGUCAACCAUUGACAAACUGUCUUUUCAUGACUGGCAGUCAGUGGAUGUUCAGUAAAUUUAAGUGGCACAAUUGUACUACGUGUGUAUCUAUCUGAAUAAAGGGGUGAUUCUUUUUGUGAAAUACUGAAAUGUGUUAAUAAGCAAUCCCAACAGUGUUUAAGCUUCUGCAAAUGGUGUGGUUUGCUAUAAUGAUUAUAAUGAUUCUGAAUUCAAAUGUUCAAUUAUCCAAAUGUGGUUUGCUUUGUGAUUUUAUAA